AUGGCAUCCGCAUCGACACGACGCGCCGCGACUCUUCUCUCCGCGUUCGCCGCGCUGUGGGGACUCGCUCUCCCCAUCAGCCGCUACUCCAUACCGGAGGAGAUGGAGGAGGGCUCCUUCGUCGCCAACCUGGCCACCGAUUUGGGGCUGGACGUCCGCAGCUUGGUACAGCGGAGGGCGAAGCUCGACGACGUCCACAGCAAGAAUUACCUCGACAUCAACAAAGACACCGGCGAGCUGUUCAUCCGCGAGAAGAUAGACCGGGAGAGCGUCUGCACGAGCAAAACCGCGUCGUGCUUCCUGAAGACCGACGUCGUCCUGGAAAACCCCAUUCGCAUUUUCAACAUCGAGCUGGAGAUAAUGGACAUCAACGACAACGCGCCGGUGUUCCGGCGGAAGACGAUGCACCUGGACAUCUCCGAGUCCACCGCUCCUGGCGAGAGGUUCUCCCUGACCAACGCCGUGGACGCGGACGUGGGGGCCAACUCCAUCGACACGUACCUUCUGAGCGAGAGCGCGUAUUUCAGCAUCGACAUACAGGCGGGAAGCGACGGCUCCAAGUACGUCGAUCUGGUUCUCGACCGCCACUUGGACCGCGAGGAGCACACCUCCCACGGGUUGAUUCUGACCGCCGUGGACGGCGGGGUCCCCGCCCGCUCCGGCACGGCCAGUAUCAUCAUCCACGUCCUGGACAUAAACGACAACGCCCCCCUCUUCGGCCAGCCGGUGUACGCGGUCGACGUGGCCGAGAACGCCGUCGUCGGAGCCACCGUCUUCACCUUAAACGCGACGGACCUGGACGAAGGCGCGAACGCCGACUUGGUAUACUCAUACACGCUGUACACGUCCGAAAAGACGCAAGACAUAUUCACGUUGGACCCCAACACAGGAGAAAUCAAGGUGAAGGGAGUUGUUGACUACGAGGAGAGCCAAAGUUACGAGAUGUACAUCCAGGCCCAGGACAGAGGGUCGAACCCGCUGGCGGGCCAGUGUAAAGUGAUGGUGCGUGUCACGGACCUGAAUGACAACCAUCCAGAGGUGACAGUUAAAUCUCUGAAAAGUAGGGUGAGGGAGGACACGCCUCUAGGGACGUUAAUAGCCGUGAUAGGUGUCAGUGACCGGGACUCGGGACUCAACGGCGAGGUUGUCCUCACUUUGAACCAGCAGGCCUCCUUGCCUUUUGUCCUGAAUAAAUCCUCAGAGGAUUACUUUGAACUGCUUGUCUCCAAACCACUGGACAGAGAGAUCACAGGUAAAUACGACAUAGUGCUAAGGGUGACUGACAAAGGUACCCCGCCUCUCUCUGAUAAUGAAACGGUCACUGUGGAGAUCCUGGAUGUCAAUGACAACGCACCGAAAUUUCCUCAGUCAUUUUACACAAUCCACGUACUGGAAAAUAAUGCACCGGGGGCCCUGUUGACGUCUCUCAGUGCUUUUGACCCGGAUCUCAAUGAGAACCAAUACUUAGUCUAUUUCAUAAUGGAGAAAGAGAUUGUUAACACAUCUAUAUCAAUGUUGUUCUCUAUCAACCCAGAGAAUGGCAACCUAUAUGCUCUGAAAACCUUUGAUUAUGAACGAGAGAGGGAGUUCCUGUUUCACAUUGAAGCUAGAGACUCUGGCGCUCCCCCGCUCAGCAGCAAUGUGACUGUCAAAAUCAUCAUUCUAGACCAAAACGAUAACACCCCGCAAAUAGUAUCACCCUGGCGGCCACAAGGCUCUGUCAUUGAACAGGUGAUACCAAGGUCCACAGAUAAGGGACACCUGGUUGCCAAAGUGAUAGCCAUAGAUGCAGACUCUGAACAGAACUCCAGGGUCACGUAUCAGCUCCUACAAACAAGCGAUUCAACACUGUUUAGCCUCGAUCAGUAUAAUGGUGAAAUCAGGACAACGAGGAUGUUCAGCUAUCGAGACCCGCGCCAACAGCGGCUAGUCAUUGUUGCCAAAGACAAUGGCGAACCAGCUCUCUCUGCCACAGUUACCAUCAAGAUAUCAACAGUAGAACAUGUCAUGUCAUUUUCAGAGACCACAGAGAUGCCAAUAGAGUACGACAUCUUCUCGGACCUAAACCUGUACUUGGUUAUUGGUUUAGGAGCUGUGUCAUUGCUGUUACUGAUUACGAUCUUAGUGAUAAUCGUGCUCAAGUGCCAGAAACCAAAGCCAAAGCCUAUCAAGAUGCCCCCAGCCAAUAGAAACAGUGUUAUAAGCAGGAACAGUAUCAUCAGUCAAAGGAGCUCCACCAUUGCAGAUUCCACCCUCAUCUCCAGUGACGCCUACUGGUACAGUUUGUUCUUAGCAGAAACCAGGAAGGGCAAGGUGGUUGUGAGACAGCCCAUAGUGCCCAAAGGAGCUGGGUACUUUGUGUCCAGUAUACCCAGGAGUAUAGGGCCUACGGAAACCAGUGACUCAAGAGCAUCCACACUCCAGGUAUGUAUGCAAUGUAAAUGGGGCUCUAUCUUCUGCAAUGACCCUCACUGUAAACAGAACCCCAUGACCCCUGCCCUGUCCCCAUUCCUUUGA